AUGGACAAAUACUGGGGCAAGUCAGAGGAACACGCAGCCAAGAAGCUCGACAGCGACAUGGACGACUACUGGAAGACGAAGGACGAGAACCCCAAGGAGGACGAGAAGGAGGACGCUGCUGCUGGUGAAGAGAAGGAGGACACGACAGAGGACAAGAAGGAUGAAUCUGCCGAAGAGCCCGCUGCCGAGGAACCUGCUAAGGAAUAA